CUAAACCACUCUUCUUCACUUUUGUUUUCUUUCUUUGGAGUGAUUUUUUUUUUUUUUUUAAUUUGUCUUGGUAAUUCAUCUGCUUGAGAAGAUAAUCAUGGGGAUCAAAAUUGGCAUCAAUGGAUUUGGAAGGAUCGGGCGCCUGGUGGCUAGGGUUGCUUUGCAAAGAGAUGACGUUGAACUCGUUGCAGUUAAUGACCCCUUCAUCACAACUGAUUACAUGACAUACAUGUUCAAGUAUGAUAGUGUACAUGGGCAAUGGAAGCACCAAGAAAUCAAAGUUAAGGACUCCAAGACCCUUCUCUUUGGCGACAAGGCUGUCAAUGUUUUUGGCUUUAGGAACCCCGAGGAAAUUCCAUGGGGUGAAACUGGUGCUGAGUUUGUUGUUGAAUCCACUGGAGUUUUCACUGAUAAGGACAAAGCUGCUGCCCACUUAAAGGGUGGUGCAAAGAAGGUUAUCAUUUCAGCUCCAAGUAAGGAUGCUCCAAUGUUUGUUGUGGGCGUUAAUGAGAAGGAAUACAAGUCAGAUCUUAACAUUGUUUCCAAUGCAAGUUGCACUACCAACUGCCUUGCUCCAUUGGCAAAGGUAAUCCAUGAUAAAUUUGGUAUUGUAGAGGGUCUUAUGACAACUGUCCAUUCUAUUACUGCCACUCAAAAAACUGUUGAUGGACCAUCAAUGAAGGAUUGGAGAGGUGGAAGAGCUGCUUCAUUUAACAUCAUACCCAGCAGUACUGGAGCUGCUAAGGCUGUUGGGAAGGUGUUACCAGCACUAAAUGGGAAAUUGACAGGAAUGUCAUUUAGAGUCCCAACUGUCGAUGUUUCAGUGGUUGAUCUUACUGUCAGACUAGAGAAAAAAGCAACUUAUGACCAGAUUAAAGCUGCUAUUAAGGAGGAAUCAGAGGGAAGUAUGAAGGGAAUUCUUGGUUACACGGAAGAUGAUGUGGUGUCAACUGAUUUUUUGGGAGACAAUAGGUCAAGCAUUUUCGACGCAAAAGCUGGAAUUGCUUUGAAUGAUAAUUUUGUGAAGCUUGUCUCUUGGUAUGACAAUGAAUGGGGUUACAGCUCUCGUGUUAUUGACUUGAUCCAUCACAUGGCUUCUGUUAAAUGAACGAUAAGAGAUUGAAGAGGAUCAGCUAGCCAAUUCCUUCAACUAGUUCUAUAUCCAAUUUUGAAUGAGAUUAUUUUGGAAUAAUAUUUGAGCUUUUCUGGAAAAUUACUUUUACUAGAGAUUACCAAGUUUAUAUAGACUGAGUGCUCUUAAAAUUAUUUUUGUUGGAAUUAUCAGAUUAUACAAUUGGUAUUUCUUUAUUUGUUCAUGCAAAUUUGGAUGUUAUUGAUUGGUUUUAAUUUUUAUUUUAGAGAUUAAAUUUGAGAAUUUUACAUGAAAUUGGAUGUUUCUGCUUAUUAUUGUCUC